AUGGAGUAUCCGGAUUCAUACCAAGAAUUCGAAAUGGUCAAAACGGAAGUAGAAGAUGGAACCGAUGAGCUCGAAAAGCUGUUUCAAACCACCAAUUAUCCGGACGUCUUCGAGCGUGAGCGGAUCGCUUCGAUAAUUGGAAAAGAGCCAUGGGAGGUGCAAGUUUGGUUUUCACGCCGUCGGCGAGCAGAGAUGAGAAAAGUUGAUGCAUCGACUGUCCCAGAAGUCAGAUUCUCAUGUUCAAAUGGUGCAUCUGGUACCCAACAUGGUGCAUCGACUGUCCCAGAAGUCAGCUUCUCGACCCCAAAAAGUGGAUCUGGUUCCCGACCUUGUGUAAUUAUUCUUCCAGAAAACAAACAACAUACACCAUUCGAUCCAAAAAACCCUUUUGGUCCAUCGCCAUUUCCAGAAUGCAGGCUCUCACGCUCAAAUUGUGCAUCUGAUACCCAACAUGGUGCGUCGACUGUCCCAGAAGUCAGGCUCUCCCGCUCAAAUUGUGCAUCUGGUGCCCAACAUGGUGCAUCGACUGUCCCAGAACUCAGGUUGACUACAACCAACGAUGCAUCUGGUGCUGAACAUGGAGCAUGGCGCCCUCUAAAACUCGGAUCAUUAUUCCGAUCUAGUCCCUCCCCAGAUUCAUCGGACCCGGAACAUGAUGCAUCGACCCGUUCCGUUGAGGGCUCAUUCACUCCAAACGAUGAAUCGAGCCCUUUACCUGCUGUAUCGACAUCCCCAAUCAAAUACGGAUUCAAUCCAUACAGUCAAUUUUCUUCAUUUGGUGCCUUAGAUGUCAGCGACUAUCUUUCGAACGAUCUAAUGAACCGUCUAAAUAAAACAUCGGCUGACCUAAAAUACAUGCUCUCGGCUCUAGACAGUGCAUCUGGUGCUAAACAUGGUGCAUCGACUGGCUCAGAACUCAGCUUCUCAACCCCAAAUGGUGCAUCUGGUGCUAAACAUGGUGCAUCGACUGGCUCAGAAAUUCGCCGUUCGACCACAAAUGGUGCAUCUGAUCUCCCAACAUCGACUGUCUCGAAAUUGUACGACUAUACUCCAUACAGUCCAUCAAACCCUCCAUAUGGUGCAUCGAUUGUUCCAGAUGUUAGCCAAUAUACUUCGUACGAUCGGACGAACUUUCCAUUUGGUUCAUCGACUAUUCCAAAACUUAGGCUCUCGGCUCUAGACAGUGCAUCUGGUACCAAACAUGGUGCAUCGACUAUUUCACAAGCUGACUUCUCAACACCAAAUGGUGCAUCUGAUACCCAACAUGGUGCAUCGACUGUCCCAGAACUCAGCCGUUCGACCACAAAUGGUGCAUCUGAUCUCCCAACAUCGACUGUCCCGAAAUUGUACGACUAUACUCCAUACAGUCCAUCAAUCCCUCCAUAUGGUGCAUCGAUUGUUCCAGAUGUCAGCGAGUAUCCUUCGAACGAUCUAAUGAACCUUCUACAUAACCCAUCGGCUCGUCUAGAAUGCAUCUUUUUGGCCCCAGCUCACCUUUUUGGUCUUUCGACCACAAAUGGUGCAUCUGGUACCCAACAUGGUGCAUCGACUGUUCCAGAAGUCAGCACCGCUCCCAAACGUUUCCACCGGAAAUCCAAGGAUUUCAGUUUCCUCAAAGACAACACCUCCUUUAUGUCCGCUUUAGGUCUGGAAAACGUCACAAAAAUCGUCGAGGACCCUCUGAAUCAACAAAAAAUCAAAAAUGGAAUUCUCGAGAAGCGUCGAGCCGCAAAACGACAGGAGGCGGGGCCAUCGAGUGGGCGGAGCUUGGAAAAAAAAGCGAGACGGGAUUAUGGAGAGAAUCUGCAGGAGAUUCAGUCGAAAUAUUCGAAAAAUUUGAAAAAUUUGACAAAACGAGUCAGGGAACUGGAAAUCGGACAGGCGGAUAAUGCUGAAAAAAUUGAGAAGCUGAAAAAUGAGGUUGAGACGCUGAAAAUCAAUAAUUUGGAAUUGGAGAAGAAAUUGGAGGAGGCGGAGCUUGACGAUGAUACUGUAGUGGUGAGAGAUGUAAAAGUGGAAGAAGAAGAGGAAGAGGAACCCGAUUGGAUGGUCGCAGAGUGGUGA